AGGCAAAAAUGGCAAGCAGGAAAUCAAGUACCAGGAUUGACAUGCAUUCGUAUGCCAAGGAGAGGAACGUGUAUGAAGAUGUUCCUGAAGCACCGACAUCUGGAAUGGAAGGGAGUAUUGUCUCCUCCUUGCGAACCCACGGAUUCGUUACUAGGUAUCCGACUGCUAACCUCUCAUUUCGACGUAGUAGACAAGAAUAUGAGGCGUCAUUUCAACGCGAACAAAGUCAAGAUAUGCUCGCAGUCGUUGGUGGAAGGAGUGCCGAUGCAGUCACAUACGAUAUACCCUCAACGUCAUCUUCAGCUGAUGAAGAACAUCGAACGCAUCAAAUGAACUACAGCAAAAGUAGAUUAGGAGAUAAUUCCCUCCCGACAGCUGGUAACAGAAGAAUCUGGCGGGUCAGCAGCAAUGAAGCUCCGAGAAAGCUGACAUCUCAGGAGGAUGUGAAGAAAUACAGUUGUUCUCGGUGUGGUAGAGGACCGAUGAAACGUUGCCAUUUAUACGCCCAUUAUCGCAACGUUCAUCAUAUCAAAAAAGAGGAACUUGAAGCCAUAAAGAAGGAGAUUGGGAGAGCAUCCAAGGUAGACCGAAGGUCAUUUGCAUGCAGUGUCUGUGGAGGACAGUUUUAUUCCCGCAGCGGCCUUUGGUUGCACAACAAGAAAGUGCACCAGCUUGCUGUUAAAGGAACAAUCACAUGUCCCGCUUGUUCGAAAAAAUUGCACACCGUGGAAGAGUUGGCAGUGCAUUGCAAUUCCGAGCAUGAUCGUGGGAAUAGCGCGCAUGGCACCUUCGCUGUAAGAAGUGGAACCUUUGCGAGCCGCACUGAAUUUGAGACGUGGUUGAACGAUGUUGAGAAUAUCACUUGUACAAAUUUCUCAACUCGAACAUCUCGGUGCACUCCGCAUGGAAAGAUAGUGUAUCUGCGCUGCAGAUUCUCGGGAGGGACUGGAGCCGUCGUUGAUCCCAAGGUUCUCAAGCGGGCAUACAGAACAAGUGUAAAAGUUCAUCGGGACUGCCCCGCUUUUCUCAAGGUUUUUGAAGACACUCAAGGCUUUGUUCACUACAAAUAUUGCGCAGGUCAUCUGGGACACAAAAUAACAACAGAAGCUCUUCGAACACCUGCGAACGAUGUACAGCACAGAAGGCUGUUAAAGCUUCCUACAGAGCUCAUCCAUCAUCGACAGUUCGUGAGAGAUGACGUCCCCGAGGAAUGCGAAACUAUGUCUCCGGCUUCACCAUCUACGUUUGAAAAUUGCUCUUCCGGCGAUCCGCUCAGUAGGGUGGAGGAUGAGUUCAACCAACUUGACGCUGUGGUCGCUCAAAUGGUGGAGGAAAUGAAAAGGAAAAAAUGGAAGAAAUCUCCCAAGGAAGUACCAAAGUUCACCAGACAGAAGAGUCAACUUGCAGAUCAGUGGUAUAAAGUUUCGAACCAGAAAGGAAGGAUUCAACACGAAAACGAGUUAACAUCUUCGCAUUCAUAUAUCCAUAGUAUGCUUCUCGAAAGAAGAGUUUUUUCCGACUACCUUCUCAUAUGUAACACUCCAGUGUCUAUAGAAAUAUCUUGCACUGUUGCAUAUUCUACUGCUGUUUUCUAGACUCGAAAAUUUUUUCGACGCUAUUCCAGUGUCUGGGCCCAAAAUUUUUUGCAUGGAUUUCGCUCAAACUUGGUCUAGGGGGUUUAUCCGAUCC